GUAAACGGCAUGUGUGACUUACAUAUGUGUGAAGAUACUAUUGACGUGGAGGCAUAUAUUGGGAAUUUACAGAGACAUAUGCUGCCAUCAAGAUAAAAUCUUUCUUGGGAAGUCCAUGGUAAUUAUUCUGCAUGGUUUGACAGACACAUGUGGAUGUGACUGACUGGACAGCAGAUCUGUCUCCUAUUGAAAAUGUAUGGCCCUUCGUGAAAAGGAGAAUCAGACAACGACGGCUAUGGACUGAUGAGCAGCUGAAGUCUUCUAUCAAGUAAGUUUAGGCAAAAAUUUUGCUUGCAAUUACCAUCCCCAAUUCCAAAACAGUUAAAAAGUGCAGUUAAAAAGAAAGAAGGUCAAAAAUGACUGGUAUUGCUGUCUUUGGGAGGAUUAUUUGGUCCUCACAACACAGGACCACACACACACACACACACACACACACUAUAGGAUAAUUUGAAAAAGCCAACUUCCUCAUGCCUUGGCUUAAUUAUUGCCAUUUGGCAAUGAGCGACUGCCUUUACUGAUCUCUCGUCAUUGCUCCUGAAAAUAACAAGGUAAAUUUGGAGGUAAAGUAAAAGACUCUAAUAGUAAACAUACAGUACUCCUGAGGGGUUUGACUGAACCAAGAUGCUGCUGAUCGUUGAAGCUCUUCUUCUCAUUUUAUCUGCUCCAGGACAGGAUCACAGAGCUGCUGUUGAAGGACAGAUAUAUCCACUGGAUAUGGCACCGAAUUCUGUUGAUGAUCAAUAUAAGGGAUGUACAGAGAAAAUGGCAAAUCUGGUGAAGACAAAGUAUCUAGAGAAGGAACUGUCUUACUCGCCUGAAUAUCAAAAAGCUUGGAAAUUGGGUGAAAAGAAUGCCACGGCACCAGGAGACAGCUUGACAAAGAAUCAUUCAGUCGCCAUUUAUGUGUACACUAACUCAGCUUUUAAUGUAUAUGCUGAUUUUAAUAAUGCCGUUCGCAAUGGUAAACAAAACUACACAGACAAGACCUUCAUGUGGCAUUCACUUCACUUUCUGUUAACAGACGCGAUACAGAUUCUAAAUAAAACACAAAACAAAUGCUAUUCAACCUAUCGAGGAACAAGUGUCCAAUUUAAUCGAAAUGUUCUGAACUCAACGAUUCGUUUCGGCUCAUUUGCAUCCUCUACUCUUGAUCGUACAACAGCAGAAGGUUUUGGAAAUGUUUCUUGUUUUGAAAUCAAAACUUGUGAAGGUGCGAAUCUGACACAAUACUCUAGGUUUCCUGAGGAGGAAGAGGUGCUGAUUCCUCCGUACGAGACGUUUAAUGUCACUGCCGUCAAGACAAGAGAAAAUCACAGUGAUCUCUGGUGUGAGACUGUGUUUGUGUUGAACAGCACUGGAACAAGAAGUGACCUGAACUGUGCAUUAUGUGACGGUGGAAACCGGGUUGCUUUUGUUAACGUUUUACUAACAUUAACUUUACUUUGCAAAGUGCUAACCAGUUAACCUGUAGAUAUACUGCAUGUAUCUCAUUGAUAUUAAAUAAAUAUUGUUAUUGAAAUGCAUGUAAUGCUUAACUGAAUAAGAUGGGGACAGUGUUAUAGUGUUCAAUGAGAUAAAAGAAGCUAUUUUAUUAUCUUUCGAUCUUAUCAAUUUAUUUAAAUGCACUAUUUUGUAUGUUUUUAAUUUCACGUGACUGGCACCAAGUGAUCUUGUUAUAUAAACAUGUAUAUUUGUGAAAUGUUUCAACACGCUCUAUAGGCCAUAAAUACAUGUAACAUGACUAUAUGACAGCUUUUGACUUGAUUCUGAUCUAAUAAUAAAGAACAAACUAAAAUAUUGUAUCAAUAAAAGCUAUUUAUUAAUUAAAA